AAAGAGCGGCAACUGGAAAACAAGCAUUGCAUUGCAUCAGGAUGUCUAUGAAAUGGACUUCAGCUCUUCUGCUGAUACAGCUGAGCUGUUGCUUGAGCUCUGGGAGUUGUGGAAAGGUGCUGGUGUGGCCCACAGAAUUCAGCCAUUGGAUGAAUAUACAGACAAUUCUGUAUGAGCUUGUCCAGAGAGGUCAUGAGGUGACUGUACUGGCAUAUUCAACUUCCAUUCUUCCUGAUCCCAACACCCCAUCUCCUCUUAAAUUUGAAAUUUGUCCUACAUCUUUAACUGAAACUGAGUUUGAGGAUAGCGUCACGCAACUGGUUAAGAGAUGGUCAGACAUUCGAAAAGAUACAUUUCGGCCACAUUUUUUACACGUACAAGAAAUAAUGUGGACAUAUGGUGACAUGAUUAGAAAGUUCUGUAAAGAUGUGGUUUCUAAUAAGAAACUUAUGAAGAAACUACAGGAGUCAAGAUUUGAUGUUGUUCUUGCAGAUGCUAUUUCCCCCUGUGGUGAGCUGCUGGCUGAGCUACUUAAAAUACCCUUUGUGUACAGCCUCCGUUCCUCUCCUGGCUACGCACUUGAAAAGCAUGGUGGAGGAUUUCUCUUCCCUCCUUCCUAUGUACCUGUUUCUAUGUCAGAAUUAAGAGAUCAAAUGACUUUCAUGGAGAGAGUACAAAAUAUGAUCUAUACGGUUUAUUUUGACUUUUGGUUCCAAGUAUGGGAUAUAAAGAACUGGGAUCAGUUUUACAGUAAAGUUCUAGGGAGACCCACUACAUUAUUUGAGAUAAUGGCAAAAGCUGAAAUAUGGCUUAUUCGAAACUACUGGGAUUUUCAAUUUCCUCAUCCACUCUUACCAAAUGUUGAGUUCGUUGGAGGACUCCACUGCAAACCUGCCAAACCCCUACCUAAGGAAAUGGAAGAGUUUGUCCAGAGUUCUGGAGACAAUGGUGUUGUGGUGUUUUCUCUGGGGUCGAUGGUCAGUAACAUGUCAGAAGAAAGGGCCAACGUAAUUGCAUCAGCCCUUGCCAAGAUCCCACAAAAGGUUCUGUGGAGAUUUGAUGGGAAUAAACCAGAUACGUUAGGAAUCAAUACACAGCUGUACAAGUGGCUACCCCAGAAUGAUCUUCUUGAUAUAAAGAGAAUGCUAUGAAAUUAUCAAGAAUUCAUCAUGAUCAACCAGUGAAGCCCCUGGAUCGAGCAGUCUUCUGGAUUGAAUUUGUCAUGCGCCAUAAAGGAGCCAAACACCUUCGGGUUGCAGCCCACGACCUCACCUGGUUCCAGUACCACUCUUUGGAUGUGAUUGGGUUCCUGCUGGCCUGUGUGGCAACUGUGAUAUUCAUCAUCACUAAAUGUCUGUUUUGUGUCUGGAAGUUUGUUAGAACAGGAAAGAAGGGAAAAAGAGAUUAAUUACGUCUGAGGCUGGAAGCUGGGAAACCCGAUAAAUGGGACUCCUUCAGUUUACUACAACAAGAAUAGGUUGUGAUACAAGAUUCCUUUCUUCUUGUAACAAAACAUCUUUCAAAACUUACCUUGUCAAGUCAAUUUUUUUUUUUCAGAUAUUUAGUACCUGUUUAACUGUUAGAAAUAUUUCACUUCAAGGAGGAAAACAUUAGGGAAAACAAAAAUGAUGUAAAGCCAUAUGAGUUUAUAUUGAAAUUUAUUGAGCUUCGAUUGAAAUUUAUUGUUCUAAUUCACAGUUUACAUGAAAAAAAAUAAGCUUAACUACAUAUCAACAUUGUACAUGUAAACAAGAACAUUAAGAAGUGCACUGACAGUAUCAGUACUAUUUUGCACAUACUCGGCAUACUUUGGAUUCAUUUCAUGCAGGAUUGUGUUGUUUUAACUGUCUCUAAGGAAACUAUUAAAUAAUUAGAUUGUA